CUCCGAACCGCUUCAGAUUUUGAGAAGCAGUGUCGCAUUAUAUCCUCAACCAACAACUGUGCAAGCAACCACUAGCGCUGCUGCUGCACAAGGAGCGUUGGACAGCGAGAAAGAAGGCCAAUAAGUGAAAACAACAUAAACAAUGCCCGCUAUCCGCCCCGCCUCCAAGCGCAAGGCCCCGCCAGACGGCUUCAGCGACAUCGAGGAGGAUCUGCUGAUCUUCAGCAACAAGAUGAAGGACGCGCAGAACACGCCGACUGACAACAUCCCAAAACACCAGGCGCAGUGGCCCAUCUUUCAGAUCGCACACCAGCGCAGCCGCUACGUGUACGAGCUGUACUACGAAAAGGAAGCCAUCAGCAAGCAGCUGUACGAGUGGCUGCUCAAGAACGGCUAUGCCGACGCCAUGCUCAUCGCCAAGUGGAAGAAGCAAGGGUACGAGAAGCUGUGCUGCCUGCGCUGCAUCCAGACCAAGGAGACGAAUUUCAACUCGACGUGCGUCUGCCGCGUGCCAAGGGCGCAGAUGAAAGAGGACCAGGACGUGCAGUGCGUAAACUGCGGGUGUAGGGGGUGCGCGUCGACGGACUGAGUUGGGGGAGGGAAUAUCUGGGAAGGAUUUUGGUGCUCUGGGCUAUGAGGGAUGGCGGCUUCUCCGGCGAUGCGAUCCGCAGGUUAUGAUACCAACGCUUCGUCUUACCGGGCUUGGGAUAGUUGUAUGGGAGUUAGGGAGAAAGUG